UCUUUGACUUCCGGCGUGGCUGCAGCCUGACGUGCGCAGGACUGAGCGGACAUGUCGGAUAAAGAGGCCGGGAAAGGGCCGGAGAGUGGCGGGGAGAAAGGGUUCAGGACGCCCGGGCUGAGGGGAGUGCGGAGCACCACCCUGUUCCGAGCCGUGAACCCGGAGCUCUUCAUCAAACCGAAUAAGCCGGUGAUGGCCUUCGGGCUGGUGGUCGUCACUCUGUGCGUGGGCUACCUGGGCUACCUGCACGCGGUGAAGGAGAACCAGCAGCAGCUGUAUGAGGCCGUGAGCAGCGACGGAGAGAGAUCCAUGAGGAGGAGAUCUUCCAGAUGGGACUGACGGCCUGAGCGAGCUCAGCGAGCAGUGUGGACAAUGAUUGAGGACAGAAGGUUUCCUGAGGUCACGGCUUUCUCAGUGACCUCUGUGGGAAACAAAGUGUUUUUGCGGCCACGGCUAUCGCCCCCUGCUGGCCAUCUUCGUGCUGGCUGUGCACACCUUUCAGUCUAAUAUCUGAGGUUACAGGUGACACAUUAAUGAAUGACAGCUGUUUCCUUUCACUUUGUUCUUUUACU